CUAUUAAAAAUGUAGGAGUAAGAUUGUGCUUUUGCUCGUGGUUGUUACGAAAGAAUUCAAAAAUGACUUUUCUCUUUGCGAGGAGGAGAGAAAAACGCGUGCGCGCGGUGGCGCAGUGUAAAGUACACCAAAGUAUAUAACCUCAAAAUCAGGGCGGCUGAUACGAUUGACAGAAUUGACCGAGCCUGAUGAGAGCACAUAUAAGCGUCAAUCGGAAUGGGUUUUUACAAAAGGUACUGAACAAAUCAACACGAAUACUUGAUCAACUAUGAAACGGUGAAAAGUGAAAACGCAACGAAUAAUCGCGUUAUUCCCAUGGCAUUUCCGCUUAAUGAUCAGGUUUAUACGAAAUCUUUCACACCCAGAGAGUACCAUGUUCAGUUACUGUAUGCCGCCAAGACGCGAAACAUAAUUGUUUGUUUGGGAAAGAACACUGAACAAACUUUCAUCGUUACAAAAUUAAUACAAGAAUUUGCCACUGGAAAUAGAAGAUCUUUGCAAGACGGAGGUAAACGAAUAGUAUACCUAUUGAACGACGAGGAACGAUGUUCCAGCAAGGCAAAUUAUAUACGACAACUGACCGAUCUUGGAGUAACGGAAGGGCGUGUAGAAUCCCUGGAGUUAUUGGAAGAUGCUGGGGUUCUAACAUGCACUGUAGAGGCGUGCCAAGAAUCUCUGGCUCUGGGAAAUCUUUGUCCAGCGUCAGUGAAUUUGAUAGUCGUGGACGAGUGUCAGAUGGUUGCAACCGACAAACGUUUGGGCCAAGUGUUGGAAGCGUUUAUAAAAUGCAAGGAAUCGCCGCGAGUAGUUGGUUUGGCGGUGCCCUUAUUCGACCUGGCUGGCGAACCCGGCAGACUGAGUCUCGAGAUCGAGAGGCUGGAAAAAAUCUACGAUUGCGAAGUGGAAACAGCCAGCGACAUUCUCUCUGUUUUGAGAUACGGUCCAAAACCCCGAGAGUACAUUAUAGAGUACGACGAGAAAGGGGAAAAAACAGAUUUGGAGAAAAGCCUGGAAGAUUGUGCGCUGCACGCGCUGGAUUUUCUCAAAGAUCAUCGUUACGAUCCGAGCGAAAUUUAUAACGAACAAUUCUUCGAGGAUAUACAAAAAAUACCCGACCCGACAGAAAAACCGUGCGAGCUCGUUGAAGAUUUUCUAUGCGUACUACGUACACUUGGACCUUGGUGCGCCGACCGAGCGGCACUCGCCGUUCUCGUCCGCACUGAAAAGCUCAAAAUAAAAACUCCGUACGAACGACAUUAUCUUCUUCUUAACAUGGUCUCCUCGAUUAUGAUUAAAAUACGUGCUUUGUGCGAUAGCGCCUUCGACUCUCUGACCGACAGGGAGAAAAUAUAUCGUUACUCAAAACCCAAAGUUCAUCGGCUUUUGGAUACUCUUAAAACUUAUACACCUUCGUCUACCAAUUCGACCAAUUGCACGAAGGAUAGGCCCGGAAAAACGGCGAGUAGUGGAAGCCUCACAGGAAGUACAACAACGCCACCGAAGCCGACAACAAUUUUACCCCACAGAAAUAGUUCCUAUCAAUCGAGAAGAGGUGGUGGACAUUGGAGAUCGAACGAUGACAGGCAUAAAACGGGGAGACAUCAUCGAGGUGUCACUGACCCUGAUCUCCUGUGUGGUGUCGUUUUCGUUGAGUCGAGCUUCACGGCGAAAAUCCUUUUUUAUCUGCUAAACGAAGUAUCCCAGUGCGAUGAGAAUCUUCAUUUUCUCUCGCCGUUGUAUACGAUUGAGAGAAAUCAAGAUGAAUCAAGUUUCUCUCGGGAUGUCGAAAUGGAGCACAGAAAGCAGGAAGAAGUUUUGAAAAGAUUUCGAAUACACGAGUGCAAUUUGCUGAUAGCAACUUCAAUACUUGAACAUGGUAUAGAAAUUCCAAAGUGUAAUUUCGUAAUGAGAUACGAUUUUCCAAAAAAUUAUCAGUCUUACGUACAGUGUAAAAGUCGGGCUCGAGCGAUUGAUGCUCUUCAUGUACUUCUCAUACCUGCUGUCGAAUCCAAACAACGUCUUUGGCAGCUAGCGCAGUAUCACUAUAUUGAAAAGAUUCUCUUAGUCAAGUGUCGUAACAACGAGCCGAGUGAGGACGAAGAAAACGAGGCCGACUUGUACGCUCCGAUCGUUCCUCAUUAUCAGCCUCUCGAGAGCGAGGACGCACCCAAAGUUUCCUUCAACUCGGCGAUAUCUCUCGUGAAUAUAUACUGCGCCAAACUACCGAGCGACACUUUCACGCGUUUGACGCCUGAAUGGAGCAUCGAUCAAGUCGACGGCGUAGAUAAUACUUCCAUGUACACAUGCUCUCUUCGUCUGCCCAUUAAUUCGCCUGUUAAAUACGUCAUUUCCUCAUACCCGAUGCCAAACCGAGCGAUGGCUCGAAGACUCGCAGCUCUUCAAAUGUGCAUACAAUUACAUAAAGAGAACGAGAUUGAUGACAAUCUUUUGCCGAUUGGCAAGGAAAAUUUCAAAGCUCGUCCCGAGGAUGCCGAAGUUCCUGCUUUGCCUGACGAGAGUCGAGUCGAUGAUUCCGAAGCGAGGCCCGGUACAACGAAACGUCGACAAUAUUACUAUAAAAAGACGGCCGAGGCAUUGACCGAUUGCAGGCCCGUCGUCGGCGCACCUGCUUAUCUUUACCAUAUCAACAUGUCUUUGAGUUGCCCUUUGCCGGAAGAACAAAAUACUCGUGGACGUCGAAUUUAUCCACCGGAGGAAUCGGCCAUUGGUUUCGGUAUCCUGACGCUCAAAAAAAUUCCCAAGCUCUGCCCGUUUCCAAUCUACACAAGAUCCGGUGAAGUCCGAGUCGAACUGAAGCUCAGCAAAAACAUGGUCGUUCUCGAUGCGGCCAAGAUCGAAAGAGUCGCCACUUUUCUAAAUUACACGUUUACCAACGUACUGAGAUUACAAAAAUAUCUCAUGCUCUUUGAUCCCAACGCAUCUGAAAAUUCUUACAUUAUUGUUCCUAUAAAAAGUACGAGUGAUGGAAACAACGAUGAUAUCAACGUAGAUUGGAAUUUUUUGGAACACAUUUACGAGAACCGAGACGCGAUACCGCGGGAGGUUCCGCAAGAGGAGAGAGUCAAUUUCACGUUCGAUUCAUCAAAGUAUCACGACGCGGUUAUCAUGCCCUGGUACAGAAACCAAGAUCAACCGCAGUAUUUUUACGUUGCCGAAAUUUGUACAAACUUGAAUCCAAAGUCAUCCUUUCCCGGCGACGGUUACACCACCUUCGAGGAAUAUUAUUUCAGGAAGUAUAACAUUCGGAUACAAAACGCGUAUCAACCCCUGUUAGACGUUGACCAUACGUCAGCUCGAUUGAAUUUCCUCACGCCUAGGUACGUAAAUAGGAAAGGUGUGGCGUUGCCGACAAGUAGCGAAGAGACGAAAAGAGCCAAACGCGAAAAUUUGGAACAGAAACAAAUAUUGGUUGCUGAACUAUGCGCCAUUCAUCCUUUCCCAGCUUCAUUAUGGCGCCAGGCGGUUUGUCUGCCUUGCAUUUUGUACCGGAUAAACGCUCUUCUGCUAGCAAAUCAAAUACGGUGUCAGGUCGCUCGAUCUAUAAGCUUGGGUCAGGAAAAUUUAGACAAUGAUUUGGAAUGGCCUCCCCUGAACUUCGGCUGGAGCUUGGCUGAAGUAUUGAGAAAAUCAAAAGAGGCUGAGAAAAAAGCUAAAAUCGAGGAUGCCGCCAGAGGAGUAGAAUUGGAAAAGAAAGACGAGAAACCAACUUCCGAGGAAGAGAAAGAAAGCGGUGAGAUAAAGGACGAAGGUACCGGAUGGGGCUGUGACGAUGAUGACGAAUUGGAGAUCGGUACUUGGUCAAACGACAUGGCUGGAAAUACAAUGAGCCACGGGGUCGACAUUACGACCGGUAGUGCGUUCCCGAUAGAUUCACAACUCAACUGGGGUGACGUGAGAUACGGAUCACCGGCGGCGUGUGAUUCGGACGUGGACGCUUACGACUCGGACGAGACAUGCAGCGACGGUAUGUUGGAUUAUUCGGACGAGAGUGACGACGAGAGUCGAGGUCUUAAAAUAUCUUACAUGGGAGAAAACGUCGCCGAGGCAGUGGAGGAUGAGUCCCAAAUAACGAAACGCCGUAUAAACAAAAAGAUUCUUGAUCUUUUGGAAACUGAAAAAAAUGGGGACGUGCCUCGGUGGCCAGAGCGAGGAAAUCCUGACUCGGUCAAUCAUCAGGACGAAACUCUCGCUGCGAUCCACAGGGAUCUUCAUUAUCAAUUUGUUAAAGAAAGAGAGAUUGAAAUAGUGACGAACGGUUCGUUGAUAACGAGCGAUCGGCCAAUCAAAAUUCAACGAAGAAAUAACGUUCUUCGUUGUAGUGAUGGUGGUGCGAACAUUUUGAACGAUACUUUGGAAUACAACGAUUAUGUAACGGAAGUUGCAGAUAUGUUAAAAGCCGAUAUGAGUCGUAAAUUUGACAGAUCGAACGCGCCCAAUAAAUUAAAAUCGCCAGAAAACGAGACAGAUUCGAGUUUGUACGUGGCUGACGAGGAACUUUUUAGCUUUGACAAGCAACCGGAAUUGGAAGGACAUCCAGGUCCGAGCCCUAGUCUUAUUCUCCAGGCAUUGACAAUGUCAAACGCAAAUGAUGGCAUUAAUUUGGAGCGACUCGAAACCAUUGGAGAUUCUUUCCUUAAGUACGCGAUCACGAGUUAUCUCUAUUGCACGUACGAUAUAAUACACGAGGGAAAGCUCAGUCACUUGAGAUCGAAGCAGGUGAGCAAUUUGAAUCUCUACCGUUUGGGACGACGAAAGAUGCUCGGAGAGAGUAUGAUAGCGACGAAAUUCGAACCUCAGGACAAUUGGCUACCGCCGUGUUACUACGUGCCGAAAGAACUCGAACAAGCUCUCAUCGAGUCUGGUGUUCCUUCGACUUUAUGGAACCAGGCUGACAUUCCUUCCCUCCGGGCUCUCGACCCCACCGAAAUAACUCAACUUGUCAAAGAAACCGAACACAAACUCGGUAGAAUGAGGAUCGAACUUGAUCGUAAUGAAACUCGAGCGAUCAAUGAUUUAGACGAUUUACAAUGUUUUAUACCCUACAACCUUAUAACUCAACACAGCAUUCCGGACAAAAGUAUCGCGGAUUGUGUCGAGGCUCUCAUCGGAGCUUACCUUAUUGCGUGUGGACCCAGGGGAGCUCUUCUUUUCAUGGCAUGGCUCGGAAUUAACGUUUUACCAAGUCGAGAAAUCCGGCUCUAUCAGGAAGCACCACCGACGAAUUAUGUUCCUGGCAGUACACCUUUCGUUAGAGAGGUCGAUGCAGACACUGGUCAAAUAUCCUGGAGUCAGAUUCAAUAUGGAAAAUUAGAAGAGCCCCCGAAUCCACUGCUGAGACACGCUCCGGAUCCAGAAAAUGAACUCGCCUCGAUGCUCGAUGGCUACGAGAGGCUCGAGCUCGCUAUAGGUUACCACUUCCGUGACCGAAGCUAUCUUCUUCAGGCUUUUACCCACGCUUCCUAUCAGCCGAAUAGACUUACAGAUUGUUAUCAACGUUUGGAAUUCCUCGGCGACGCGGUCCUCGAUUAUCUGAUAACUCGACAUUUGUACGAGGAUUCACGGCAACAUUCACCUGGUGCGCUCACCGAUCUCAGAUCUGCUCUCGUGAACAACACCAUAUUCGCCUCUCUCGCUGUACGCUGUGGCUUUCAUAAAUACUUUAGACAUUUAUCACCUGGCUUGAACGUCGUUAUUGAUCGGUUCGUCAGAAUACAAGAAGAGAACGGGCAUUCCAUCAGCGAAGAGUAUUAUCUUAUUGGAGAGGAAGAUCGGGAGGAAGCAGAGGACGUUGAAGUGCCAAAAGCUCUUGGUGACGUGUUUGAGUCACUGGCCGGUGCCAUAUACCUCGAUAGUCGAAUGUCCCUCGAUGCAGUUUGGGGAGUGUACUAUAGAAUAAUGAAAUCCGAAAUCGAAUUAUUCAGCACCAACGUGCCGAAAUCACCGAUUCGUGAGCUACUGGAACUCGAGCCGGAAACUGCGAAAUUUGGAAAACCGGAAAAGCUCGCGGAUGGAAGGAGAGUGAGAGUAACGGUCGACGUGUUUGGCAAAGGCUCGUUCAAGGGCAUCGGACGAAAUUACAGAAUCGCAAAGUGUACGGCGGCGAAGUGCGCGUUAAAGAAAUUGAAGAGAACACAGACUUCUCAGCGGGACAAGCUAUGACUAAAAGGCAUGUGCAGUUCCGCAGGUAUACUCACUUAAUUGAAAUAAACACUAUUGAAAUUUACCUGAAAUUUCAUUUUCUUUUUUCGUACAAUGUAUGUGUAUAUUGUAUAGAGAAAUGAAAUAGAAAAGAAAGCGAUCGUUUGACAA